AUGCAUAUUUCCAACUCCCUCCUUACCUUUGCCCUCUAUGUGGCCAGCAUCCAUCAGUCUCUGGCAGCGCCAGUGAAUCUAGACGAAAAUGCAACCUCCAAUCUCGCAAUCCGCGCCGAUCCCGGCGAGAACAAGAAACAUGCCAUUCAGGCUACAAUGAAAGUUAGCGGUGAAGGCUCGUUGGCAUUUGAUGCCGAUUGCUACGCUAUUUUGUGCCUGGACGUUGAUCCUGUCUUCGAGCGAACGAACAGCAAGCAUAUUAAGAAUAACCGAAAGGAUUCCGGUGUCACCAAAACGUAUCCAAAGGUCAAAGGCACUGGUCCGUUUAGAAACCCUACCCUGUCUGAUACUAGUAUUCCUGGAGCGGAGUUUGUAUCUCCCGAGGAAUUUCCAUUUGCCUCCACUAAGCAAGGAGGAAAAGAUGCAUAUUUGUUCCCUGUGUCCAAGGCAGCCCAAGAUUCUCAGGGUGCUUCCAUCAAAAACUUCUAUACGGAGAACAACAUUGAGGACCCUGACGUGGGAAAACAAAACUGGUACGAGAUCGUUGACUGGACAGGUACACUUGGCCCUUACUGCCAGGCCCUUCAUGACAACGGAGGGAAAUCUGACAAGCACAACGCGAUCUGCAAGAGUGGUGGCGGAGGAUCAGGGUCUUGGGGCUUUGACGUUGCUGACUAUGCCUACCAGUACAAUGGCGAUAAGUUCAAGAAGGUUGACAAGGCCUAA